AAAGGUCACCUCAGGGCGGGGGCGAGGGCGGGACAGGAGCGGGAAGGUACCCUGGUUGCCUCCUCCUGAGCAGAUGAAAGGACAGCGUUUCCAGGUGGCGCUGGGUGCAGGGGCGCAGCCGUGAUUUCGGGGCAUCCCCGUGCAGCCGCGGCUGUGAUUUGAGAACCUCCGGCUUCUCGAGUAAUUAAUCUGGGAGCCGCCAAUGCAUAAUGCCGGGGUCAGCCCCGCUCCGAGGCUUCGGGCUUUGGGGGCCCUGGCGGUAGCGGCUCUUCUCUCGGCCCUCUGGCUCCUGUGGCUUCUCAGGUCGGCCCCUGGGGGAGCUCCGGCACCCCAGCCCACGAUCACCAUCCUCAUCUGGCACUGGCCCUUCGCCAGCCAGCCCCCAGAGCUGCCCAGCAAUACCUGCACCAGCUACGGUGUGGCCCACUGCCGCCUGACCACCGACCGCAGCCUGCUGGCCAGCGCCAACGCCGUGGUCUUCCACCACCGAGAGCUGCAGACCCGGCAGGCCCGCCUGCCCCUGGCCGAGCGGCCGCAAGGGCAGCCCUGGGUGUGGGCCUCCAUGGAGUCGCCCAGCCACACCCGCGGCCUCGGCCGCCUCCGUGGGGUCUUCAACUGGGUGCUGAGCUACCGGCGUGACUCAGACAUCUUUGUGCCCUACGGCCGCCUGGAGCCCCGUGAGGGGCCUGCGCCGCCGCUGCCAGCCAAGAGCGGGGUGGCCGCCUGGGUGGUCAGCAACUUCCAGGAGAGGCAGCGGCGCGUGCAGCUGUACCGGCAGCUGGCGCCCCACCUGCAGGUGGACGUGUUCGGCCGCGCCAGCAAGCAGCCCCUGUGCGCCGACUGCCUGCUGCCCACCGUGGCCCGGUACCUCUUCUACCUGUCCUUCGAGAACUCCCAGCACCGAGACUACAUCACCGAGAAGUUCUGGCGCAACGCGCUGCUGGCCGGCGCGGUGCCCGUGGUCCUGGGCCCCUCGAGGGUCACCUACGAGGCCUUCGCCCCACCUGAUGCCUUUGUGCACGUGGACGACUUCGGCUCGGCCCACGAGCUGGCCGCCUUCCUCGCUGGCAUGAACGAGAGCCGCUAUCAGCGCUACUUCGCCUGGCGAGACCGGUUCCGAGUGCGGCUGUUCGGCGACUGGCGGGAACGCUUCUGCGCCAUCUGCGCCCGCUACCCCCACCUGCCCCGUGGCCAGGUCUACCAGGACCUCGAGGGCUGGUUCCAGGCCUGAACUCCGCCGGCUGGAGGAGGCAGGGGAGGGUGGCUGGGAGCCGGAGGUGUGGGUGGAGGCCUGGGUGUUGAAAUCCAACCCUCCGGCAUCCGACCAACCCCCAUGGGCAACCCACAGGCUGACUUGGGGGCUGGGGACGGAGGCCAGGAAGCAGGGGUAGCCUUGGCAGGCUGCCCGGAGGUGGAGGCGGGUGGGCACUGGAGCCACUAUUUGGGGGCAGAGGUGUGAGCAGGGAGGGAGCAAUGCGGGUGCAUGUUGCUGGGGCCCAUCAGAGAUAAGAGGCUACAGAGGCCCUCCCUCCCCACCUUGAUCAUACCUUGAGCCGGUCAAGCCUGUCCUCCUGAGGUCUGUGGGGGCAAAACCUGGGCCCCAGACCUCUGUAGCCGCGGUCCCCUCGUCCGGGAUGUGCAGGCUGGAGCCCCGCGUACAGACCUGUGUGGCCCGGACCCGAGACAGCCAGCCAGCUUCUUGGGCUUUUGGCAGCCUGCAGUCAGUCCCCUCGGGGGACACCA